AUGGAAACAGAAAGGAAAACUGCAGAUCAUCUUAUUUACCUCCGUCAAGCCCUCGACCUUGCCCGGCUGUCUCCACCCAAACCUACCAAUUUCUGUGUUGGCGCAGUACUUCUCAAUGCUUCAACAAAUACUAUUAUCGCAACAGGCUACACAUUGGAGUGUCCUGGCAAUACACACGCAGAACAAUGCUGCUUCAUAAAGCUCUCUCAAGCUCACAAUAUACCUGAAGAACGACUUGCGGAAGUUUUGCCGGAAAAUACGAUAUUAUAUACUACAAUGGAACCAUGUGCAAAGAGAUUGAGCGGGAAUGUGAGUUGUCUAGACAGAAUCCUGAAGUUGGGUGAAGGUGGAAAAGGAAUUCGUAAGGUAGUGGUCGGUGUGAAAGAGCCAGAGAAAUUUGUGGGCGAAAAUGAAGGGAGGAGAAGAUUGGAAGAAGCGGGCGUUGAGGUAUUACUGGUUGAGGGACUAGAGGAUGAAAUAUUGAAGGUUGCUACAGCAGGACAUAUUCCGGUAUCUGAUGGAUGA